GCUUGGUGCGUGCGCGAAUGGCCGGGCCGCCCGCCGCGCUCGUGCAGGGCGCCGUCGCGCCCGUCCUCUCGUCGAAAAUCUUUCACCGCAAAGCCGCGCCCGAGAACUUUGAGCAAAUGGCACUUGGCGUCCUCUCGCAAUCGCACCCGGUUCGGCGCGCGUGCAUCGCGGUCGUGACGCAUAAGUACAUGCCCCGGGUCACGCUCCUCUUUGUGCUCGUCAACUCGAUCGCGAUGGGGUUUGUCGAUUACUCGGACCCGUGGGCCAACGGCAGCGCGCCCACGAACGGUCCGACGCUGCGCGUGAACCGCGCGGUGCAGAUCGUAGGUUCUUGUGCUUAUGACAAUAUUUCCAUUCCCAUAUACUAGAUUGAGCUAGUGACGCUGGUUUACUUUAUGCUCGAGUUGGCGCUCAAGUGCGUUGCCCACGGCGUCUCGGGCCGGCACGGGUACUUGGCCAACCCGUGGAACAAACUCGACUGCCUCAUUGUUGCCUCGGGCAUUAUCUCGCUGCUCUUCGCCGAAGUCAAGACGACGAUGACGGGCAUUCGGUUCCUGCGCAUCUUGCGGCCGCUGCGCACCGUGCGGUCGGUCCCGAGCCUCAAGGUGCUCGUGAACGCACUCCUCACAGCGCUCCCCGCGCAGUGCAACAUCUCCAUCCUCCUCGCGUUCUCCUACCUUGUGUUUGCCAUCAUUGGCGUCCAGAUCUGGUGCGGCGAGUCCCACGCCCGCUGCCGCCUCACGCCGCACCCGAUCGCACUGCCCUUCGAUCCGAGCGCGACGCCCUCCCUCGCCGCCUACUUGAACGAUACGUACAUCAACCUCGCGGUCAAGGACCCGGCCAAGUAUGCUUGCCCGCGCAUCGAUGUCGAGAACGACAACUGGACGACGGCGGAAGCAUGCUUUUGGCCGCUCAAUUACAACGACAAGCAGUACUGCGGCAGCCGCGUCUGUGCGCCGGGGACGUACUGCGGCUCCAACUACGAUGCGUCCGGCCACGCCCGGUUCCGUGAUCUCUACGCGCCGAAUGGCGGCGCGCUGCUCUUUUCCAUCAUGACGGAACCCGACUUUGUGUAUGCCUUGAACUUUGGUCUUACACACUUUGACUCGGUCGGGAGCGCGCUCAUCAUCAUCAUGCAAAUCGUGACGGCCUCGGGCUGGAUGGCGCUCACGGAGAACACGCAAGACGCCUACUCGUGGAUCGGGGCCGGCAUCUACUUCAAUGUCGUGCUCUUUGUCGGCAUGUGCUUUUUGCUGCAAAUCAACAUGGCCAUCAUGGUCUCGGCAUUCGAGAAGGCGUGUGAAGCCCAGGCCGCCCAGCUCCGCCUCGAGAAGGACAAAGCCGACGCGCGCGAGCUCUCGAUGAUGCGGCGGCGUAUGUGGCAGACGUUAGUGCCACUGCAGCACCAGCUCCACCGGUCGUUCCGGCACCCGCGCGUCCGGAGCGUCCGCAGCCGCGUCAAAGCGAUCUACAGCCACCGCGGCUACUACAUGUUCAACAUGGCCGUGACGCUCAUCAACGUCGUUGCGCUGGCGACGACGCACUACCAAAUGAGUUAUGCGUUCUCCUUUGGCGUCGAGCUCGUCGAGUUUGUGUGCCUCUUCUGGUUCCUCCUCGACCUUGUCGUGCGCCUGAUCGCUUUUGGGCCGGGUCCCUAUUUCAAGGAGCUCUUCAACUGGCUCGACGCCACCUCGAUCCUUCUCGGUGUGCUCGACUACUGCGUCAACAAGCCCGGGUUUAUUGACGGCACAGUGUCGCCGACGUCGCCCUUCACAGCGCUCCGAGCACUGCGGGUGCUCCGCCUCGCGCAAGCGUGGGGGCCGCUCCGGCGACUGCUUUUAGCGACGACCAGCGCCAUGGGCGAGAUUGUUCAUUUUCUUGUAUUUUUGGCGCUGUUUGUGUACAUCUUUGCCCUUAUGGGCAUGGACCUCUUCGCGACCAAAUUCUACUUUGACGCCAACAACCGGCCACUGGCUGCUGCGAACGCGUCGCUGCUGCAGCUGCAUCGGUCCAACUUUGACACGCUCCCGAACGCACUCUUCACGGUCUUUCAGAUCCUCACGUACGACGACUGGAACAACGUCAUGUACGACGGGUGGCUCAGCACCGGACCCCUCGCGCCGCUCUACUUUAUCGCGAUCAUCGUCCUCGGCGUCUGGGUCGUCAUGAACAUGUUCUCGGCCAUCACCGUCUCGUGCGUCAUGAACCAAGUCGACGACGACGAUGCUACCGCCACCAUGGCGCGGGCCGCGGGCUCGGUCAAGGAGCUCCGGAGCAUCUACGACAAGACGACCGUCCAGCAGCAGAGCCACCGCCAUUUAAUGCAGAUGCGGUACGUCCAGCGCUCGGUCCGGCGCCUCGAGCCCACGGUCCAGCGCGCCAACGACGGCCACCAGCGCGUGCUUUCGGUGCACUUCCCGCUCCGCGUUACCUGCCUCCGGAUUGUGAGCUCGUCGUGGUGGGAGCGCGCUACGGGGCUAGUGAUUGCGUGUGCGACCGUCACGACCGCCCUCGAUUCACCACUUCUCGACGCGUCCGACGGUCUCGGCCGGUUCCUCCUUACUGCGAACCGCGUGUACGCCACGCUCUUUGCCAUUGAAAUGACCAUCACACUGAUUGCGAUCGGCGUCGUCGACUACAUCAAGGACCCGUGGAAGGCACUCGAUGGAACGAUUGUCUUGUCGUCCUUGGCGCUAUGGAGCGUGUCGGCUACCAAUGUCAACGUCGGUGGCAUCCGUGCGCUACGCACGCUGCGCGCACUCCGACCGCUCCGCGUGAUUAGCCAGCUGCCGCAGCUCAAGGUCGUCGUCAACACGCUCUUCCGGUGCAUCCCCGAAAUCGCCAAGUCGCUCCUCUUCUUUGUGUAUAUGCUCAUGCUCUUUGGCAUCGCAUGCGUUCACUUCUUCAAGGGCUCGCUCAACUCGUGCUCGAUCGGGCCCUAUGUCUAUCUCGAGAACGCAUCGUACACGCCCGUGCCGCCGUGGUUCCCACCCUCGUACGCUGGCAACUACAGCCGCAGUGACUUGGAGAAGCUGGAUGUCAUGACGUUUCCACGCAUUUGGCGGGCCAUGGACCCGUCGUCCCAAGCGCAUCUCGAGCCCAUUUGGCGCGACCAGUGUCACUUCUCACACGACGAGGCGCCGACGUCCAGAGAUGUCUGUCUCUGCUUUAGCACUUUGGUCGCACCGUCGCUCAAUCUGACGUGGAGCUCGCCGGUGCCGCAAAAUUUCGACAAUCUGCUCCGUGCGAUGGGCGCGCUGUACGAGCUCACGACGUUCGAGGGCUGGACCGCGGUGGCGCUGGCGUCGGUCGACGCACGCGGCGAAGACAUGCAGCCGGUUCCGCAUGCACAGCCGCAAUUUGCGCUCUUUUGGGUCUUUUUCAUGAUUUUUGGCGCGUUCUUCAUGCCCAACCUCUUCAUUGGCGUCCUCUGCGACAGCUUUAUCCGGGAAAAGUACGGUGGGUUUGUGACCGACGAACAGAUCAACUGGAUCAACCUCCAGCGGCGGCUCGUUGCCUUCUCGCCCAUCGUGCACUACCCAGUACCAGCGAAUCGCUUGCGCCGCCUCUGCCAUCGCAUUGCCGGCUACAAGUACUUCGAGCACGUGAUGACCGGCUGCAUCCUCUUCAACAUGGCGGUGAUGACAAGCACGUACUUUGGCGAACCCGACGUCCUCGGCGAGUCCAUCGACCGCAUCAACAAUGCAUUCGCCGUGCUCUUCUUUGUUGAAGCGCUCACCAAGGUUGCUGCCAUUGGCCCGCGAGCGUACUUUGGCCACGGUUGGAACCGGUUUGACUUUGUCAUUGUGCUCACAUCCCUCGUCUCGAUUCUACUGCCGUUCGUGACGGUCAAGUCCAAGCUCGGGGCUGGCAUGGCGACCGUGCUCCGCGUCUUCCGCGCCGGCCGCGCCCUCCGGCUCAUCCAAAAAGCCAAGCUCAUGAAGAGCCUUUUCGAUACGAUCACCGUCUCGCUGCCGGCGGUCGCCAACGUCACGGCGCUCCUCAUGCUGCUCUACUACAUCUUUGCGGCCAUCGGUGUCCAGCUGUUCGCCAAAGUCGCGUACGGUCCGAGCAUGGUCAACCCGCACCAGAAUUUCCAGACCUUCUGGCUCGCGCUCCAGACGCUCAUUGGAUUCUCGACGGGCGAGAACUGGAACAACUACCUCUGGGAGCUCUACAACAUUGAGCCAAUUACCAAUCCCGACUGCAUCGAGCCGGCGUUCAACGCGUCUUUCUGCGGCUUUGGCGACGCGCUCAACUGCGUCCCCCUCGACGGCUGCGGCACGUGGCUCGUCAUUCCAUUUUUCUAUAUUUUCAUGAUGGUCGUCGGCUACAUCGGCCUCAACCUCUUCUCCAGUAUCAUCGUCGACGCCGUCGCUGAUGCCGACGCCACGACGGCGUCGGCAGUCGAGGACCUCCCCGAGCUCGCGCGUCUCUGGUCCAAGUACGACCCCGGCGGUGUUGGGCGCUUGCACGUCGACGACCUCUGCCGCGUGCUGCGAAGCCUUCCACCGCCACUGGGCUUCCGCGGCUUGCCGCAGUACACCACCGCGCGCAUCCAGCACGUCCUCGGCACACUGGGCAUCACCAUAUACGACAGCAAGUUUGUUCACUUUCGCGACGUGCCCCGCGCCCUCGUGAUCCGGUCGAUGAGCGAGGGCGACCCGGUGCGCUUCCGGCAAAUGAGCUCGGUCAUGGACCAGAUGGGGAUCACGAAAGCCUUCCACGACCACUGGGCCAAGCGCUUCAAGGCCAUGCACAAUAGCAUCGUCCAGUGCACCGACGUCAAGCCCAUUGCGCAGCACGUAGCCGCGCGCGUCAUUCUGCGCUGGCUCCUGCGCAAGGUGGGUGCGCGUCGGCUGCAGCGGCAGCGCGCUCUCGACAGCAGCGUUGGCGCGCCAAGCCAUUCCUCGUGGUUGCUCUGAUGGCAAACGUAUUUCUAUUUACUUUUCCUGGAGCUUGCGCUUGUAAAACACAACGUUGCCGUCGUCCUCGA